AUGGCCGCGGCAGUAAGGAUUCGGGACCUUCUGCGGGUCACCCUCCCUGUGCCGCACAGGGCAACAGUGGCGAAGCAGCUGGGGAAAGAAAUGGGCUGGCUGAGCCCAGUGCUGGUGGAAAUGAGCUGGAGGAGGCUGGCGUGGCCCUGGGCGCAGGACGGUGGGAGAAGGGAGAUGCUCGCGGCGCUGGAUGCCCGCUCCCUGAGCCGGCUGGAGCAGGGGGCGGCGAUGGCUGGCGCCGAGGCCCCUCCCCGGCCUCGCCCGGGGGCGCCUUCCCGGUCUGCGACGGGGCUGCUGGAGGCCCCGCAAGCCGGCGAGUUUGGUUUCUUCCCUUCUUACACCACAGAAGAUGUCGGACACUCUUCCCCCAUCCUGUCCUCCCCACGGGCGAAAAACAUACUGCAAGAGCCCGAAGUGCCGAACCCCACGAGCGCGUGGCGCGGCGGCACGAAGGCGGCGAUGCCUGCCGGCCUCGCUCUGCCGCGGCUGCUCAGGCAUGGCCGGGGGGUUGGCCAUAUUUUGGAAGACCCUGACCUGAGAAAGCUGCUGAACGACUCCUCCAUGCUGAACCUCAGCUUUCUCCCCAGUAACUGGUUCAACAACGGCACGGGGGACAGCUUCCUGCCGCUGAGCAUCAAGAUCACCAUCGUGGUCGUCUACUCCAUUGUGUGCAUUGUGGGGCUGGUGGGCAACUGCUCCGUCAUGUAUGUGAUCGUCAGAUUCACCAAGAUGAAGACAGCAACCAACAUUUACAUCUUUAACCUCGCUCUGGCUGAUACCUUGUGUCUGAUGACCUUACCCUUCCAGGGUACAGACACAUUCCUGGGCUUCUGGCCCUUCGGCAAUGUCCUCUGCAAGAUUGCCAUCUCUAUAGACUACUACAAUAUGUUCACAAGCACCUUCACCCUGACAAUGAUGAGCGUGGACCGCUACAUUGCCAUCUGCCACCCUAUCAAAGCGCUAGACAUCCGCACUCCCCACAAGGCCAAGGUGGUGAAUGUCUGCAUCUGGGCGCUGGCUUCUGUCUUUGGCAUCCCAGCAAUGGUGAUGGGAUCUGCAGAGAACGAAAACAACGAAAUUGAUUGUCUAAUUAAACUCCCUUCACCCGUGGAUUACUGGGAUCCAGUGUUUGGCAUCUGUGUCUUUCUCUUCUCCUUUAUGAUCCCUGUGUUGAUCAUCACCAUUUGCUACAGUCUUAUGAUCAGAAGACUCAAGAAUGUCCGUGUGCUCUCAGGCUCUAAGGAGAAGGACCGAAACCUGAGGCGCAUCACCCGAAUGGUCCUGGUGGUAGUCGCGGUCUUCAUCAUUUGCUGGACUCCCAUCCAGAUUUUUGUGCUGGUCCAGUGCUUGGGUGCCAAGGCAGAAAGCGAGCUCGAGCUGGCCAUCUCCUGCUUCUGCACCGCGCUGGGGUAUGCCAACAGCAGCCUGAACCCCGUGCUCUACGCCUUCUUAGACGAGAACUUCAAGGCGUGCUUCAAGAAGUUCUGCUUCCCCACCGCCUUCAGGACCGAGCUCCAGAUGUCCAACAGGAUGUGCAGCAUCGCCAAGGAUGUGGCCUAUGCCUGCAAGAACUCGGAGGGGACUAACAAUCCGGCCUGA